AUGGCUGCUCAUCUCUCGAACGGCUCGAGCUCCCCUCCAGGGAAGACUCUCGCAAACCUUUCCAAAUCCUGGACCUUCACUUCCUGUUUACCCGCAGACUCGAAAUACCCAAGUCCGGCAGAUUCACACAAUACACCAAGAGAUGAAAUACAACCACGGCAGGUGAAUGAUGCACUCUUUACGUGGGUUAGGCCCGAGGAAUCGGAAGACCCAGAGCUCCUUGGGGUGAGCCCAACAGCAUUGAGAGAUUUAGGCAUAGUCGAGGAUGAUACAAAGACGGACGAGUUCAAGCAGACAGUUGCUGGCAACAAGCUUUGGGGCUGGGAUGCGGAGAAGGGAGAGGGUGGAUAUCCUUGGGCACAGUGUUAUGGGGGUUGGCAGUUUGGGUCGUUCGCUGGACAAUUAGGAGAUGGACGUGCGAUUUCCCUGUUCGAGACGACCAAUCCGGAUACGAAGAAGCGAUAUGAAUUGCAGCUGAAAGGUGCUGGACUCACUCCUUACUCGAGGUUCGCAGAUGGUAAAGCAGUACUGAGGUCAAGUAUAAGGGAGUUUGUGGUCUCGGAAGCUUUGAAUGCGUUACGAAUUCCCACGACGAGAGCGUUGUCCUUGACACUAUUACCUCACCAAAAGGUUCGAAGAGAAACGAUAGAGCCUGGAGCAAUAGUUGCUCGGUUUGCGGAAUCUUGGUUGCGAAUAGGCACAUUUGAUCUUCUUCGAGCGAGAGGCGACCGAGCCUUGAUUCGACAACUUUGCACAUAUAUUGCAGAAAACGUAUUCAGCGGAUGGGAGUCACUUCUAGCUCGAAACCCAGCAGAUGAUGGCAAGAACGAGACUCCCUUGGGGACGGGAAUUGACAAAGAUACAAUUGAAGGACCUGCUGGCUUAGAAGAGAAUAGAUUCACACGCUUAUAUCGCGAGAUUGUGCGCCGUAACGCAAGGACCGUAGCAGCUUGGCAAGCGUAUGCCUUUACAAAUGGCGUACUCAAUACCGAUAAUACGUCGAUACAUGGUCUUUCCAUCGAUUUCGGCCCAUUUGCUUUCCUCGAUAACUUUGAUCCUCAUUAUACUCCGAAUCACGAUGAUCAUAUGCUUCGGUAUUCCUACCGAAACCAGCCUACAAUUAUAUGGUGGAACCUCGUGCGACUAGGCGAAAGUUUGGGCGAACUUAUGGGAAUUGGUAAAGAUGUCGAUGCUGAAGAGUUUGUUGAGAAAGGGGUUCGACAAGAAGAGGCAGACGCAUUAGUCUCUCGUGCCGAAGGACUCAUUAGACGAGUAGGAGAGGAAUUCAAGGCCACCUUUCUAGAGGAAUACACACGUCUGAUGACUUCACGCCUUGGUCUCAAAGUGUUUAAAGAGUCAGAUUUCGAAGAGUUGUACAGUGAACUCUUGGACACUAUGGAAGCUCUUGAGCUAGACUUCAAUCACUUUUUCAGAAGGCUGAGUCAUUUCUCCGUAGUCGAUCUAGAAACUUCAGAGCUGCGCAAAAAAUCAGCUGGGGUCUUUUUCCACGGAGAAGGCGUCACAGGCCUCGGGAAUACAGAUGAGUCGGCGCGCACUCGCAUUGCGAAUUGGCUCGAGAAAUGGCAGGGACGUGUCUACGAAGACUGGGGUCCAGAUGGGGAUGAUGCUUCUCGACAAGAUGCAAUGAAGAAAGUGAACCCUAAGUUUAUACCCCGAAGUUGGGUAUUGGACGAACUUAUCAAAAGAGUUGAAAAGGGCGGCGAAAGAGAGAUUCUAGGUAAGGUCUUGAAUAUGGCAUUGAACCCCUUCGAAGAACACUGGGGUUGGGACGAAAAGGAAGAGGAAAGGUUCUGUGGCGACGUACCGAAGCACGACAGAGCGAUGCAAUGUUCGUGUAGCUCUUGA